CAACUUCUUGAAUAACCAGCCGUCUCAUUGGUGCGUUUUGGAUUAUUUGGGUUUGAAAGUCGGACGCUGAUUGGCUGUUGCCGAAGGAAAGUCUGUUUAAACUGAGGGGCGGGAGAAAGUUCAGUUUAUACUCCGAACCGGCAGCAGCUGCUUCUGGACUGAAAGUGAGCUGAUACCGAACCGAUACCAGAACCGAACUAAGAGAACCCAUGGCUUCCCAGAACAUGGACCCCGCAGCGGCUGCAGCGUCAUCCGCGGCCGCCCUGAAGGGCAGUGAGAGCGGCAGCAGCGCCGCCAGAGGCUCGGUGACCAAGCGGCUGCAGCAGGAGCUGAUGACCCUCAUGAUGUCGGGUGAUAAGGGCAUCUCAGCGUUUCCAGAAUCUGAUAAUCUCUUCAAAUGGAUCGGAACCAUCGAUGGAGCUCAGGGGACAGUGUACGAGGGGCUGCGGUACCGGCUGUCCCUGGACUUCCCGGCCGGCUACCCGUACCAGGCUCCCCGGGUCCGGUUCGUGACGCCGUGUUUCCAUCCCAACGUGGACGAUCAGGGCGCCAUCUGCCUGGACAUCCUGAAGGACAAGUGGUCGGCUCUGUACGACGUCCGCUCCAUCCUGCUGUCCGUCCAGAGCCUGCUGGGAGAACCCAACAAUGACAGUCCUCUGAACACGGCCGCCGCAGAACUGUGGGAGAACCAGGAUGGUAAGCUUACCAGAACCAGAACCUCCGGCAGUAGUUUAAAGCUGGGCGGCCCAGUUGUGUUCUGACCCAUUUCUAUUCAUCACUCUGAUUAGAUCAGCUGUUCCUCUGUAGCCAAUCAGUGCGCAGGAUCUCUGAUCAGAGCUGUGAUUUGUCAGUCUGCCUUCAGUUCUCUGCCACACAUUUCAGAUUUUGGCCUGGUCCAAAUCCUCCCCUCUCUCUCAUG